UUAACAUUUAAGGUUAUGAUUCUGCUCGCCUUCCUUAGAAAUGAAAAUAAGCGUGUGGAGAACUGGCCCCUCAUGCAGUCCCCGUGGCCCACGCUCAGCAUCAGCACACUUUACCUCCUGUUCGUGUGGCUGGGGCCGAAGUGGAUGAAGGACCGGGAGCCCUUUCAGAUGCGCUUUGUGCUGAUUCUGUAUAACUUCGGGAUGGUUUUGCUUAACCUUUUUAUCUUCAGAGAGUUAUUCAUGGGAUCAUAUAAUGCAGGAUAUAGCUAUAUAUGCCAGACUGUGGAUUAUUCUAAUAAUGUUAAUGAAGUCAGGAUAGCUGCUGCUUUGUGGUGGUAUUUUGUAUCUAAAGGAGUUGAGUAUUUAGACACAGUAUUUUUUAUCCUGAGGAAGAAAAACAACCAAGUUUCUUUCUUGCAUGUGUAUCAUCACUGCACCAUGUUCACACUGUGGUGGAUUGGAAUUAAAUGGGUUGCAGGGGGACAAGCAUUUUUUGGAGCUCAGAUGAAUUCCUUUAUCCACGUGAUUAUGUACUCAUACUACGGGUUAACUGCAUUUGGCCCGUGGAUUCAGAAGUAUCUCUGGUGGAAACGGUACCUGACCAUGUUGCAGCUGGUCCAAUUCCAUGUGACCAUUGGGCACACAGCACUGUCUCUCUACACUGAUUGCCCUUUCCCCAAAUGGAUGCACUGGGCCCUGAUUGCCUAUGCAAUCAGCUUCAUAUUUCUCUUUCUCAACUUCUACGCACGGACAUACAAUGAGCCUAAGAAGCCAAAAACUGGAAAAACAGCCAUGAAUGGUAUUUCAGCAAAUGGUGUGAACAAAUCAGAAAAACAGCCAGUGGUAGAAAAUGGAAAAAAUAUGAAAAAUGGAAAAGCAAAAGGAGAGUAAAUUGAACUGGGCCUUAACUGUUGUUGACAGUAAGGAAACUCCUAUGUCAUAUAAAAUUUCAGGGCAAACAGAAGAAGGAGAGGAGGGUUUGGGGUGGGGAGAAAAGGAAAAUGUGUUUCAUGUACUAGUAACCUUUAGACUGAGUCAAGUGUUAACUACAGUACCCAGAUGUUUUAUUUAUGAAGUUUUUAUUUUAAACCAUUUUUUUAUUAACCUUGAUGUUGUCAGACCAAAGCAAUCAUAUUGUGACUUUGGAGAUUCUCCCUCUGUUCAUAUCCACUCACCUAUCAAGUGAAAGUUCGAAUGUCUCUUAUGCGUGCCCAUCCUUCAGUCUGAAUUAAAGGCUGAUGAUCAGACAUGCACGGUCUUCAUGAAUUUUUUUAUUUUGUUUUUUUGGUACCAGGGAUAGAACUCAGGACCUUGAGCUUGCGAGGCAGGCGUUGGGACCACUGAGCUAAAUCCCUGGCUUUCAUUAAUUUUUUGAUCACAUUACCAAUUACUUAACUGAUUAAAAUCCAUUACCUUACAUUUUCUUAUCCAAAGCUGAAAGUGCGAUACAUUAAAAUUUGCACAUUUGAAUUCAUCUGUUGACCAAAUGGUCAAAUCUCUCCAUUUCUAUUCAGAAUAUAUAGUUUUGGUUGUAAUUAAAUUUUUAAAAAUGUGCUCAUCUCUGUAGAAUCUUAGAGGCUUGAUGAUGAUGGUGUGGGUGAAAUAGGAAAGAAUUACAGUACAACUCUGUGUAGUGACCCCACGGUCAUCAUGAUUCACAGCACAAAUCACUCUAGGAGACAAUUUUUGUGAUGAAAAGGCAGCCUUUUAAUAUUCCUCUUUCUAGCAGAAAUGUAUUAUGAAAAUUAAGGUUUUUCUGAUUAAAACAUGAAAUAACUCUUGUCUUUAUUAGUAACAUCAUCAGAUGGUUUCAUUUGUGUGCUGUUAGAAGAAAGUAUGUUGAUUUUACCAGGCUUGCCUUGUUUUGAUUUGCGGCUGUUACUGAUUUUUUUUCAUAUGUGGAAAUAAUGCCUACCUCUUCUGCUGUAAAGAACAUUUAAAAUUAAAUAAAUUUAAUUAAAAAAUCAAGGAGUCUUCUGUAAAUUUUAAUUUUAAUUUUUGAAUCUACUUAGUUUUUGGCUUUUUUACAAAUAGCAUACACCAAACAUUUCUGUGAAACUGUCCUCCUCUUUCAACAUGUUUAAUUUGGGGAGUGAUAUUUCUCUUGUGACUAAGUUGCAAAAUUUUAUUUAUUAACUAGAUAAUGAAAUGUAAACUCAUUUUGGUGCAAUAUGCUUGACUCCUUGGUGCUAAGGAUUGUUAAAUUCAGAGCUUGACGUUAUAAGAUGUUAAUUGUUAAAACAAAAUGAAUAAAAGAGUAGUCAGAACAGUCAAGUUAAAUUUGCUAUUUACAAAUGAAGUAUUUCAUGUAACAAAAAUGAGCAACUGGAAACAGGGAACGAGAACAUGUAAAGUGUUUUAUUAGAUGGGUUAGUUUGUUAGGGAGAUGUCACAGAGGGAUCAUUAUAGAAAGAGAAAAUGUGACGAAGAUAGCAUGACUAUUUCCAAGUAUAUUCCCACUUUGUCAGAACUGCACGUGUAGGAUGUAUGCUGUUUGUACAAAGUAUUUCAGAAUAUUUUGUAAACUAUAAAAUAUUUAUUGUGCAUUAAAAUUUCAUACUUUUCCCUGAAAGGCAUGCAGUCAUGAGAAUUACAGAAAAUUGUACCACACGCAAUGGUUUAGUCAGAGGAUUCUACACUUUUGUUCUUGCUCCUCAGUGUGUGAUGACUAGAGAUUUGUAAAUCUUUGUGAACAUUCUGUACUGCUUCCCAAGAGCUAUUCAUUUUCAGCACAAUAAAUAUACCACUG